GUACCAUCUCUAACAAUACAUCCGGGCGACAAGAAGAAGCAUUACCGGCUGUGCUGUUCGGUUUUGCUAUUUAGCGUAUCGAUUUUUGUAUUAAAAGUAUUAAAGUAUAAAAGACCAUGCUCAAGCUGAAACUAGAAGCUUUAGGUCAUCCCACACCCAGCGAUGUGGCGCUUACCAAUCGCAAGGAAUUCGCCAGCACAAUCCUCUGGGUGGAGGACCAGAAAAUCCGGCUUUACACCAUAGAGGAUAGAGAAAACCUGCGCAAUAUAGACAAUCCCACGUUAUGGGAAGAGGGCUACAUGAAGUACUGUGCGGAUCUCAACAUGCCGCCUCUGGAGACCCAACAGGAGCAGCUGGCGUGGAUCCUCAGUCACGCCGUGCGCCUCGAGUUUCUGGAUGACCCCGAACAGUUUACCUCCAUCAAUAGCAAACAGGGUUUACCCCAAAGCAAUGGCAAACAGGUCCACCAGAAGGUUCAAUCUAUUUUCGAAGGAAAGAUUAAUGUUCAGGAAAAAGCGUUCGUAGAUGCUGUACGACUGCUGGCCAGCAAACUGAAUGUCCCGCAUCAUCCAAACCACCUUCUGCAGCUGGAGGCAGUUGCCCGGAUUGUGCACGAACGUCUUUCGCCUGAGGCCAAAGGCCGGAAGCCGAUCAUAGGGACUCCUUUCCCUUUCGACAAGGGUAACGAUGUGGUCUCAUCCAACGAUCGCGACCUUGAUUUGCCCAUGCGCAUUCUACGCCUUCUUCAGAUUCAAAGCCUUCGCGAACUCCAGACGCACAUCAACGAGACAAUUGUUGCAGUUCAAAACAUCACAGCCAAUCCAAAGACUGACACCAAGUUGGGCAAGGUGGGACGCUAGAUUUUAAUUAGCACGGAAAAGAAAUCAAUAAGAUUAUUGGGGCCUAUGUAUCAAUUUGUAUAAUUGAAGCUUCUUAUGAAACUAUGAUGAUCAACAUUUUAUAGUCAAGAAGACUUCUUACAGAUAUCGUUUAGAAAUAUUCAUAAAAAUCAACAGAACAAAGCCAAGUAUCCUUAUACGCAUACAUGUUUCAAGCUAUAACAAAGAGAACAAAUAUUUAUAUCUAGGUUAUAGAUGUAAUGCAAUUAAAAUGCAAGAAUUUAAUGGUUUUGGAGCGAAGCAAUAUUAAGGGGCCCAUAUAAUUUAUUGAUUAUUUUUCCAAUCUUUAAACUAAGAUUCUCGAAGUCCCUAGUGGUCAAUAAUUAUUUGAAAGAUUCAACUAAAAGCCAACUAACAACAAUAUGUAGACAUUUACACUUCUAUGUAUAUUUAAUGGUUUUAGAAAGGUAAUACUAAUAAAUAGUCUUGUCAAAUAAUUGUAUAGGCUCUAUGAAAAAAUAUAUUAUGAAUUUACAAUUUAAAA